CUCCUCAGGGCCAAUAACUCUCGUGUUUGGUCAAUGAAGAUCAUAUCUUGGAACUGCCGUGGUGCGGCCAAGCAAAGCUUUCAAUCUAGUGUUAUGGAUCUCAAAAGGAUUCAUAACCCCUGCAUCGUGUUGAUCUUAGAAACAAAAAUUAGCGGGGACCAGGCUAUUGCUAAAGCUAGGGCACUGGGCUUUCCCCACUUUCACUGUGUGGACUCUGAUGGGUUAGCAGGAGGCCUCUGGAUCCUUUGGAAUGAUAGCGAGGUUACCCUUGACAUUGUUUCUACUAAUGCUCAAGCUAUUCAUGCCACUGUUAAGGUACACAAUCAUCCCUCCCUUUCCUCUGAUACUUGGUUUCUUUCUGGCAUUUACGGUAGACCUAUUUAUGAGAUAAGGACUAUGCUUUGGCAAGAACUUCGCUAUCUCUCUACAAUGAUCUCUUGCUCAUGGAUUCUUAUUGGAGACUUUAAUGAUGUCAUCGAUCAAUCUGAAAAAUUCGGGGGUGGCAUGGUGAGCCAAAGCAGGGUGCGUUCCUAUCUUGAUUGCAUGAAUGACUGCCACAUGCAGGACAUUGGUUAUAUCGGGCCUAAAUUUACUUGGCUUAACAUGAGGAAUAACCAUCAACUUAUUAGGGAACGCUUGGAUCGAGCAUGGGCUAACCCAGAUUGGAGGCUUCUCUUUCCAGAAGCUAAUCUAUAUCACCUUCCUAGAUUUAAUUCUGAUCAUCAUCCCAUCAUGCUGGAUCUGUGUCCUAAUCUGUCUCGAAUGGGACCUAGACCAUUUCGUAUGGAAAAGUUUUGGCUUGAUCAUCAUGAUUUCAGUCAAGUCAUCUCUCCCAUCUGGUCUCUAACCAAUACUAAUUCUACUGAAUCCCUUGCACUGACUGUCGCUGCCUCUAAGCAGUGGAGCAAGACUGUUUUUGGAAAUAUCUUUGAGGACAAGAAAUCUAUUAUCAAAAGGCUCAAUGGGAUUUAUCGUUCUCCUGCUUUUCCUCACAGCUCCUUUUUGGUUGAUCUUGAGAGACAACUUUUUAAGGAGUAUGAGAAUAUUCUUAAGAUAGAAGAGGAUUUGUGGUUUAUGAAGUCGAGAUCUAAUUGGUUGAUUGAGGGUGAUCGUAACACUAAAUUUUUUCACCUAUCAACUGUUCGUCACAGGGCCAGAAAUAGGAUUUUGGGUCUAAAGGAUUCCAUUGGCAAUUGGAUCUUUGACCCUCUUGCACUAUCUACUCUCAUUAUGAACUAUUUCUCUGGUUUGUUCACCACCUUGCAUGAGCUCUCUUACUCUGAUUCUUUUGCAGGUAUUGAUGUUUCCCCUCGGGCCAUCCCCCUUGAGUCCUUCCAGGGUGUCUUUACUAAGGAUGAAAUUUGGGCCGCCUUACAUUCCAUCAAACCCUUUAAAGCUCCUCGACCUGACGGUGUCCACCCUUUAUUCUUCCAGAAGUUUUGGGAUAUUACUAAGGAUAAACUUUGUACUGAUAUUGUUCAAAUUUUCUCUAUUGGGAUUAUUCCCUCCUCUUGGAAUGAAAGUUUAGUUGUUCUUAUUCCUAAGAAUACCUCUCCGAUCUCAAUCCAAGAGUUUAGGCCCAUUGGUUUGUGCAACACUACUUACAAAGUAGUGUCUAAAAUCCUUGUUAAUAGGCUCAAACCUUGGAUGGAUAAACUUAUCUCUCCUUGCCAAUCUAGUUUUAUCCCUGGGCGCCAAGGGUGUGACAAUGUGCUGAUUCUUCAGGAAUUGGUUCACUCCUUCACCAAGAAAAAGGGGGCACAAGGCAUUCGUCAGGGAGAUCCCCUUUCCCCUUAUAUUUUUAUUCUGUGCAUGGAAUUUUUGGCUAUUAAGAUUUCCACUUACAUGAAUGCAGGUCUUUGGAAAGGCUCCAAAGCUGGUCGCAGGGGGCCUCUUUUAUCUCACUUGUUUUUUGCAGAUGAUAUCAUAUUUGUGGGCAAAGCCACCCAAGAAAACUGCAAUUAUCUUAGCUCUUUGCUCCAAUUCUUCUGCUCUAGAUCUGGCCAAAAAAUCAAUCUUCAAAAGUCUCGGGUCUUGUUUUCAAAUAAUGUGGAUCCUCCUUCUCGAGACCUUCUUUGCUCUAUGCUUGGCAUAUCUGAAACCAAGGACUUGGGGAAAUAUCUGGGUGUCCCCAUAUCUCAUAGAAAACUUAAGAAAACGCAAUGCCAAUUUAUUGUUGAUAAAGUUCGUAAGAAACUUGCUAACUGGAAGACUAACUUCUUAUCCUUUGCAGGGCGUACUCUUUUCCAACAAGGGUUGAAAUGGAUUCCUCGUAAUGGCAAUGCUAUUAGCUUCUGGAAUGAUUAUUGGUGUGGCGAUCGACCAUUGUCUGAGGUCUUAGCUGGUCCACACCUUCCUCAUUCAAAUUCUCUUUCGCUUUCUCAUGCUCUGGAAAGCUCCUCCCUUCAUACCAUAUCUUACCACCUUCCCCAGAUCAUUUGGGAUCAGAUUAGAGCUAUACCUUUGUCCCUUGAAAAUCUGGAUACUGAUAUUUUUACUUGGGCUCAUGGCCAAGGCGGAAACUUCUCCUCAUCUUCGGCCUACUGUUUGUUGCUUGAGCUUCCUUCUAAAGGUGUCAAUGAAUGGAACUGGGUUUGGAAGACUAACACCUUACCAAAAAUUCAACAUUUCCUCUGGCUCCUCUCCCAUAAGAGAUUAAAAUCUCUUAACUUUCUUCAACGCCUGGGUAUAUGUUCAUCCUCUAUAUGCCCCAGAUGCCAAAGUUAUGAUGAGACCAUCGACCAUAUCUUCAGGACCUGCUCCAGCUCUGUUUCUUUGUGGAAUGACAUUCUCCCUGGAGCUAUAGUGUCUAAUGAUGACACUCCAUUUCAGCAAUGGUUACGUAAUAAUUCGGCACGUUCCGACGAUGCUCUGACCACUCUUGUUGCAUGGGGCACACUUUUUUCCUUUAUUAUCUGGGGAAUCUGGAUUUUCAGAAAUCAUGUCUUAUACCGACAUGAGAAUAUUAACACACAAACCUUUUAUAACUCUAUCCGCUUUAGGGCCAUUGAAUUUUGGUCCUCUCACCAGAUUCCCCAAAGCCUCCACCAAAGAACUCACGGGAUGUUUGCUUGGUCUAAACCGCACUUUCCCACCAUCAAGCUUAACUCCAAUGGUUCCUCCAUUGGAAACCCAGGUUUAUCUGGGUUUGGGGGUAUCUUUAGGGACUCUCUAGGCAAUUGGGUUCUUGGUUAUGCUAGGAAUAUUGGUUUCUCUUCCCCUCUUGCUGCUGAGUUAUGGGCCAUAAGAGAUGGUCUUGUUUUGGCCAUCCAAAGGGGCUUCCAUAAUUUAAUUGUGGAAAGUGACUCAAAGGUUGCUGUCCUUCUUCUCACGAAAGGUUGUGUUUCCACUCACCCUCACAGCACUUUAAUUCUUGAUUGCAGGAUGCUCAUGCAGAAAAUUCAUCAGAUACACUUGGUCAACAUCGUACGUGAACGCAAUAUGUGUGCAGAUUAGCUGGCAAAAAUGGGGAUGUCGCUUUCUUCUUCUUUUUGUAUUUUUGAAUUUUGUCCACCAGCUGUUGCUGGUUUAUGCCUUGCGGAUGCCUAUGGGGUUCAGUAUGUUAGACCCCCUUGAUCCUUUGUAGCUGUAUCUUCCCCCUUUUACCAAAAAAAAAAAAUGUUAAAUCCCU